AUGAAUAAUUUUAAAACAGGAGUCAAGGUAUGUUUCUAUAUUAAAGAGAUAGUUUGGGAAAAUCAAAGUACUCAAUGUGGCAGAGAAACCAUCUGUAGCCAGGUCAAUUGCAAACGUGCUUGCUCGUGAUCAUACAGUAGAAGAAACUUAAUCUCCAUAUAACAAAUUAUUCAAAUUCAAUUAUAAGUUUGGAGAUUAGGAAGCUGAGAUGUGGAUUACAUCUGUUACAGGGCAUUUAAAGAGUUUGAGAUACCCAAAGAAAUAUUAGAAAUGGGAUUAAUGGGAUCCUCUCAUUAUAUUAAAAGAUGCAGAAAUUGAAAAUAUAAUUCCUAAUGACAAGAGUAUUGUAAGAUACUAAAAAUAGGAUUUUUGGAAGGGAAUUUAUAAGUAUUUGCAAAGGAAUGUAGUCAAUUAAUUCUCUGGUUAGAUUGCGAUAGAGAAGGUGAAAAUAUUGCAUUUGAAGUUCUGGAGGUUUGUAAAGAUUCAAAUCCAUAAAUUUAAGUACAUCGAGCUCAUUUUUCAGCAGUCACCUAUGUUGAUAUUAAGAAAGUAGAUUAUAAUCAUAAUAUAAUAUUAUAGGCUUUAGAUAAUUUAAAAUAGCCAGAUGCAAAUUUAUCUAAUUCUGUACUUGCUAGAUAAGAAAUAGAUCUUAGAAUAGGAGCAUCAUUUACUAGAUUUCAAACUCUGUUAUUAUAAUAGCAAUUUAAUUUAUCAUCUAUUAUUAGUUAUGGUCCAUGUUAAAUUCCUACAUUAGGAUUUGUUGUAUAAAGAUAAAAAGAGAUUGAUUCAUUUGUGAAAGAGAAGUUUUGGUUUAUAUAAUGUGAAGAUUAAACUGGAUGUGUAUUUAAUUGGAGUAGAGGGAAUAUUUUUGAUGAAAUGAUUGUAUUAAUAUUAUUUGAAAGAUGUUUUACAGAAUAAGCAAAGAUAAUUGAUGUUUAAUAAAAAGAAGUUUAAAAAUGGAAACCUUAUCCUUUAUCAACUAUUGAAUUUGAAAAAUUGGCUUCAAAAAAAUUAAAAAUAUCUGCUCAUAAAGCUAUGGAAUUAGCUGAGAAAUUAUAUAAUAGAGGUUUUAUUAGUUAUCCAAGAACUGAAACCAAUAAAUUUCCACCAACUAUUAACUUAUAAAAUAUUAUUAGAGAUCAAAUUAAUCAUCCUGUAUGGGGAGAAUUUGCAUAAAGUUUAAUUAAUCAUAACUUUGAUUAACCAAGGGCUGGUAAUAAAGAUGAUAAAGCUCAUCCUCCUAUACAUCCUGUUAAAAUGAUGCGUUAAUCAGAUGCAUAAACAGAAUAAGAAUGGGAAAUUUAUUAAUUAAUUACAAGACAUUUCUUAGCAUGUUGUUCUAAAAAUGCUAAAGGGUCUGAAACUACACUUAAUCUAUAAGUAUAAGAAGAAUCCUUUUAUAAACAGGGCUUGGUUAUAAUUGAAAAAAAUUACUUAGAAAUUUAUCCUUAUGAUGAAUGGUCAUAAUCUUAAGUUCCAAAUUAUAAUAAAGGAGAUAUGGUAUAAAUUAAAUUAAAGAUUCAAAAUGGUAAAACAUCUCCUCCUAAACCUUUGACUGAAUCUGAAUUAAUUGGUAUGAUGGAUAAAAAUGGUAUAGGAACUGAUGCUACAAUUCAUGAACAUAUUAAUACUAUUUAAGAAAGAGAAUAUGCAAUUAAAAAAGGUUAAACUAUAAAACCAACUAAACUUGGGUUAGCAUUAGUUGAAUCCUAUGAAAUACUAGGCUUUACAUUGCAUUAACCACACCUAAGAGCUGUUAUGGAAUAAAGAAUGAAUGAAGUAGCUUAAGGAACGAAAUAAAAAAAAGAAAUAGUAGAAGCAACAAUUACUGAAAUGAGUGUAAUUCUAAAAGAACUUUAAGGAAAAAGAAAUUAAAUAUUAUCUACAUUUGGUUAGUAUAUAGAAGCAUUAAAAGAUUAUGAUGAAAAUAAUGAUGAUGAUAAUACAUAAAAUAGAGACUUAAACUAAUAAUAAAAUUCAUAAUAAAAAAAAAAACAUAAAUUACCAAAAAAAUAACAACAAUAAUAAUAAUAAUAAUAAUAAUAAUAAUAAUAAUAAUAAUAAUAAUAAUAAUAAUAAUAAUAAUAAUAAUAAUAAUAAUAAUAAUAAUAAUAAUAUUAACAAUAACAAUAAUAAUAAAAUUAUUCAUAAUAAUGUAAUAAAUGUGGAACAUAAUUAGUUGAAAUUAAAUAAAUCAAUGGUUAAAUUCUUGAAAUUUGUUUAAAAUGUUGUUUAGGUUAAGAAAAAUCUUAAAAUUUUAAUAGUAUAAAUAACUUUGAAUCAAAAUCUUAAAAUAAUACUACUUCUAAUUUUCAAUCAAAAUCUUUUAAAACAUCCAAUAUUGAAGAAACUUUCUAAUGCAAUUAGUGUAAAAAUUAAAUGAAAAUUAGAUAAUCUAAAUUAAAGAAUUCUUAUUUUUUUGGUUGUCUUGGUUAUCCUUAAUGCAAUUAAGCAAUAUUCUUACCUGAUUAUAUUAAAUCUAUAUAGAGGAUAGAUAAAAAAUGUAAAAAAUGUAAUUCCAAUUUAUUUCAAACUGAAUAUUCUGAAAAUUCAACUUUAUAAUAAUAAAAAUCUCAAUCACUAUGUCUAUAUCCUGAAUGUUCUGAAGGUUUGAAGACUGAAUGGAAAAAUCAAAAUAGAGAAUCGUAAUAAACAAAUAUAUAUAAUUCAAAAUCAAAAUAGGGCUUCUUAAUGAGACAAAUAUAAUGCAAGAAAUGCAAUUAGUUUGGACAUUAUGAAGAUGUAUGUAAUAUUAGUACUAAAACAAUGAUUUCUUAAGUAGAUUCUAAUUAAGAAGAAAAAAAAGAUAAACUCUGUCCUUCAUGUGGUGUCAUAGGAAGGCAUCCUAAAGGUUCCGUCUGUCCUAUGAAAAAGGUUAAGAAGAAAAAUUAAUGA